AUGGGGUGCGGACUUAGAAAGCUAGAAGACCCUGAUGAUAGCAGCCCUGGAAAAAUAUUUUCUACCCUGAAGAGACCGCAAGUGGAAACAAAGACAGAAUUUGCUUACGAAUAUGUAUUGCUGGAUUUCACUUUACAAGCCUCGCCAAACCCAGAAGUCAUCAAGAUAAAUUCAAUUCCGGAUAUAGUAACAAAAGUUGAAGACUACUAUCUUAAAGGAUAUAUUGUUGGGGCUAUUCAUCCUGUUAUACAACCUGUGGGGCAGCGAAAACACCUACCUGCAAGUUACCUGUACAGGGUAGUGCUAUUGCGCUUGAAGUUAAGCCUGAAGCAUUCGGCAGCAUCCAGUGGACAAAGACGCCCAAGGCUCGUGAUUGAGGAAUGUCCUCUAACUUAUGAGACACAAACAAAUGACAUAGCAAAAGAACUGAUAGAAAAGAUUAAUAUAGCUGCUAAGAGAGGAAUGAAAUUUGUUGGAUUCAUAUCACAGCCUUAUUCACCACUUAAAUUCUGCAACGGAACCAACCAUGAUGAAGACGUAGAGUCAGUGCUGCCUCUGAGACACACUUCAGAUGAAAACUGUAAAAGUUGGAAUGAAGGAACAUUAAGUGGGCAAUCAUCUGAGAGUGGAAUUGAGGAAGAACUUCAUCAUGAAAGUGAACAGUGUCAGAUGGACCGAGAUGGCAGCCCCAGUUAUUCUAAAUCAAGAAAGGGAGAAGAAUCUGAAAACAAGUUGUAUACAAUAUUCAAUGUUUUCGAUGAUGAAUCAACCUGCUGGACCUAUCAGGAAGGCAUCCUGUCAAUGAAAGUAACAAGAAAAGGAUCUGUCAUUAGUACACUUGAUGCCGAUUGGCUGGAGUUAACUACAUUUUAUUAUAAACAAGGCUUGUCUUUAAUUGAUUCUUUUGUAUGCUGGGAAACAUCUAAAGGGGACCAUUUGCCUAAAUCUUUGGAAGGAUUCUUUAUCUAUGAAGAAGAAGGUUCUGGAGUUCCAGGUUCCAGUAGGAAAGGAAAUGAUGCCAUCGUAGUAGAACAAUGGACUGUUAUUGAGGGCUGUGAAAUCAAAACGGAUUAUGGCCCUCUGCUGCACACUCUGGCUGAGUUUGGAUGGCUCCUGACAAGCGUGUUGCCUACACCUAUACUGCGACAUGACAGUGAAGGGAAUUUGGCUACAAAGCAGGUUGUGUUCCUUCAGAGACCAGUUAUGUGGAAUUCAGCUGCUCAAACACCAGAAAGGAAAGCCAGCCGGCAUACAAAAGGUGAAGACAGGAACAAAGUCACCAGCAGGAGCAUCGGUUUGGACACAGCCACAUCACAACCAACGGACAGCAGAAACCCACCUGCAGAGUGCCUCCUCUCUCCUUCUGGAGAGUGUUGGACAAGAGAGAGGAGGCCGACACAGUACAGCAGCUUCUCCGGCUUCAGCAGCAAUGACAGUGUCCUACGGGAAUUAGACGACUGUCAGUUUGACCAGGAAGAUGGAGUAACUCAGGUCACUUGUAUGUGA